AUGUACACAAACAUACCCCAACAACAACAAAAUAUACCCCAACAACAACAACAAAAUAUACCCCAACAACAAAACGUGCAGAAUAUACAGCAACCACUACCACAUACAAAUAUUCAGCAACAAAAUAUUCAACAACAGCAACAACAAUAUCAAUUACAAUUCCAAAAACAACAACAACAACAACAACAACAACAACAACAACAACAACAACAACAACAACAACAACAACAACAACAACAACAACAACAACAACAACAACAACAACAACAACAACAAUUACAACAGCAAAGGCCUCAAACUCCACAACAAAAUGCACAACAACAAUCACAACAAUCACAACAAUCGCAACAACAACAGGCAUCAUUAGGACAAGGUCAACAAGGGUCAGGACCAAAUACACCACCACAAAGUCAACCUGAAACUAUUGAAAGUAUUUUUAAACAAUUGGAUUUAAACUCAACAGGUCAACAAGCAAAAGAUAUUUUAGAGCAAUGUAAAUUAAAGAUUCAUUCAUUAGAAUCACAACAAUUAAUUGCUCAAGCAAAAUAUAAAUUAUUUUCACUUGCUGCUAAUUAUCAAAGUACAGUAUUUCAACAUAUUAAAAUGGUUUCAACUACAACAACACCAACAUCAACUCCAACAACAUCAACAACAAAUACUCCACAAAAUUCUAAUACCUCAUCCUCUUCAUCAACUGGAACAUCAUCAUCAACAAUAGGAUCAUCAUCAUCAUCAACAACCACCUCAACUACAAAUAAUGAAAAUCUUGGAUUACCAAUAUCAAAAGAAAUUUACCAACAAAAAAUUCAACUUUGGAUAUCAAUUAUAACAUUUUUAAGAGAGAAUCUUCAAUACUUUGGUAAAUGGAGGGAAUCUAUUUAUAUUAGUAUUCAAAAUAUAACACAAUCAACUCUUUUACCAACAUUGAUACAAAAGGAAUUCUUUACAGAGUUAUUUAUUUUAUUGAAAAGUAUCUUUAGUUUUGUUAAUAUUGAAUUUCCACAUUAUAUUGCAUUGAAAGAGGUUAAACUAUCAAAUACUCAUCAAUGUUUAGAAUAUCAAAAUCUAAUUGAACCUUAUUAUUGUAGAGCCGCCAAAUUAUCAUCACUAUUAUCAUUAUCAUCUUUAUCAUCAUCAGCAAGAAUCGUUGGUUCUUCAAUUCUAUUGAAUCAAGAUGCUAUGAUUGGUUACACCAAUCAAUUGACUGAAUCACCACCUUUCUUCACUUCAAAUCGUUUAUUAAAUAAUAAAUACUCUACAAUCGUUCAUCAUUUACUCUCUCAAAGUGCAAGUAUUGAACCAAUUAAAGAAUUAUUAUUCCCACAAGUUCAAUCAAAUACUUUAAAAUCAAAAAUUAUUUCAAUCAUUACUGAAGCUACAAUUUCAAAAACUAUGCAAUUAUUAAAUAAAUAUCCAAAUCAAAUUAUUGAAAAUCAAAUUGAAAAUAAUUCAUGGAAAGAGUGGUUAUUAUUUUCAGAACAAUUUUAUUUCCUAUGUGAAAAUGGUUUAGUUGAUUUAGAGCAAUUCAUUGUAACCUUAUCAGAAAAGAGAAUGAACAAUGGUGACCCAAUUAAAGAUAAUAUGGUAGUUUUAUUAAUUUCAAAAACAAUCAUCAUUCAAGAUGUUAAAACAUUAUUUAAACAACAUCUUCAAAAUGUAAAUUCAAAUCAUUAUGGUCAUUUAAUACCUUUGGUUUUAUCAUUUGUAAAUAAUGAUUCAAAUUAUCCAAUAAUUUCUCAAAAUAUUUCACUUUAUUUCUUUUUAAUGAGAAUUAAUACAAAUACAGAAAAUCCUGAAAUUAUAGCACAUAUUAAAAAAUUAUUAGAUAAUUUUAAUUUUCAAUUUACAUUAUUUCAACAAUAUAGAAAUUGGUGGGAAAGUGAAAAAGUUAAACAAAAACCAGAAUUUUUUACUACUAUUCAAGAUAUAACCUAUUUUAGUAUCAUUUGUAAUGUUAUACCAACUGAAGGUGAAAUGGAAUUAAUUCGUUUCCAAUCAAAUGGUAGUGAUCAAUCAAUUCAAUUUCCUGGUGUAGGUGGUAUUGGUACUGUUGUUACUGGUAAAAUUAAACCAGUUUCAAAUUUAAUUUUAUUAAAUUUAUCUUUAAGAUGUAGAAGAAAAUUAAUCCAAGAAAGUGUUUUACUUUUAUUAGAUAAAGAAGUACCAAUUUCACCAGGAUUUUUAGAAGAUUAUUGUAGAACUGUUCAUUAUACACCUGGUCCAGUAUCACCAUUUUUAUUUUCAUAUUUUAAGAAAUUCCAUAGAUUGGCUCCAAUUCAUGCAGUCAUUGAAUCUGUAAGUCAUAGAUUAUUAAAAGUUUUAAAAUCAAAUAAAGAACUUGCUGUACUACUUAGAGCAUUACAAGAUAUUCAAACUCAAAAACCAAUUCAAAAUAUUCAAUUAUCAAGAUCAAUAGAUUAUUUACUUUUAAAAGCUUCAAUUUCUUUACCUGUUGAUCUUAUCUCUGCUAAAGAGAUUUGGAAAUCUUUAGAUCUUGGUCUUUUUAAUAAUAGAAGAUUAAUAACCUCAAUUGCAAGAUUAAUUAAAUUAAAAGGAAUACAGGAUUUUAAUAGAAUUAGUGAUGUUCCAGUUUUUAUUGAAAAUUGUUUUAAAUCAAAUCCAUAUUGUUUUUCAAAAAGUACAUUAGAAUUUUUCCCUGAUAUUUUAAAGAAUGAAUUUAAAAAAAAUUCAGAGAAUUUAUCAUUGAAUCCAAAUCAAUUUACAAAUUUAACUUUAAUGAAACCACCAACACUUCAAAAGGUACAAUUAGAGAAUCAACAAAGAUUUCAACUUUUUUCAGUUGGUGGUAAAUUACAAAUUUUACAAAAACAAGCUUUGGUACAACAAUAUCUAACAGAUAAUAAUUCAAAUCUAUUAUUAUGUCAAGUAUUUAUCUAUAUGUUAGAAAAUAAAAUUAAAAUGGAUGUUAUGGGACCAUUAAUUCAACAAAUGUUUUUCAAACAAAUCAUUGGUAAUCAACAACCACAACAACAACAACAACCACAACAACCACCACCAUUAGCAAUUAGUAACCAACAAUUGAAUAGAAUAACUAGUGUAUUCAUUGAUUUUAUUUUUGAUGAAGUUUAUGUUAAUCAUCCAUUAAAGCAAGAGAAUCUUCAUCAACAUGUUUCCGAGUUUCUUUGUCAAUCUAUUUUUACCUAUAAAAUUUUAACAUUAAAUUCGGUUCUCUUGGCAUUAUUAGAUAGAGAUGACCAUCCAUCAAUGCCAACAAUUUUGGAUACAUUUUUAUUUUCAAGUGCUGAAAUUCAAAAUCGUUUGCAAUUCUUUUCAACUUAUCCAUCUGAUUUCUUCAUUUCACAAUCAUUUAGAAAUGAUGAUAAUUACUUUAUAAAGAAUUGUGAAUUUAAUAAUAGAUUUAAUGAUUUAAUUCCAACUGUAAUCGAUCCAAAUACCUUGAUUGAACAAUCAACUCAAGAUACCAUAUUACCAAUUUACUAUUCAAAUUCAAUUUCAAGAUUAAUGCCAAUCGUUGAAAUAAUUAUCUCAAAAUCUAUUGAACUAAAUAAUGGAGAUCUAUUUGAAAAAACUAUUAAUCAUUUCAAUAUUCCUUAUCAUUAUUAUCAAGAUGAAAAAGAAACUACUAUUAAAGAUACUUUAAUUUAUUAUUAUGAUUCUCAAUUAUUUAAAUUAAAUCCAGAAUUAAAAUUAUUAUUUUUAAAAUUAUUAAAUCAAUCUGAUAUUGAUAAUAGAUUUUCAAAUAUUUUUAAUCAAUUUUUAAAGAGUUCUAGAAUUGAAGAUAUUACAAUGGUUGGUUCAACAGCAUAUUUUAAUGAUUUAAUUUCACCAUUAGCAGAAAUGAUGGAUUUAACUAAUCAAAAUGUUUUUGAUACUUUUUCAUUUAAAACUGAAAAUACAUUUUCAUCAAUUGAUAUUUCAAAUCCAUUAGAGUUAAAAUUGAAUAAUAUCAUUUUAGAGAUAUUAUUAUUACCAUUGGAUUCAAAUUGGAUUGCUAAUGGUUUGGUUUCACUUUUGAAUUAUUCAAAUAGAAAUAAAAAUUUUUCUGAUCGUAAAAUUGAUCCACCUUCAUCCUCAAUGGUAUUAGCGUUAUCUAUUAUCUUUUCAAUCUUACCAACUCAAAUUCAUAAUUCUUUUAUACCAAUUGUAACUCAAAACUUAUCAAAUGAAUUAAAUUUUUCAAAAUUCAAAUCUCCAAUAAUGAAAAAUCAAUAUAAUUUUGGAAAUUAUACAACAAAUGUUGAAGAAAAGAUGACAGAACCAAUUGAAUGGUAUAUUUAUUUCAUUCAAUUCUAUUAUCUUUAUUGUCCAUUGGAAAGAUUAUUAUCAUUGAAUGAUUUAGUAACAAAUAUAAGACCUUUAAUUAAAAAUGUUUAUCAAUAUUAUGUUUUAUUGACCAUAGUAUCUCCAGUACUCUUAAGAUUUGGUACUCAAACUAAUCAUCUAAUUCAAAUAACAAGGGAAAUGCUACAAAUCUUAACAGAUUCAUAUUUAUCAAGUUAUAUUGAAAAUACAUUACAAGAUUUAGAAUCUUGUUGGAUUGGAAAUACAAACGAUGACGAUGAUAUUAUGGAUACAACAAACUUUAAUUUAUUUGGUAAAAGAAUUGGAUAUGAUGAUGAUGAUGAUGAUGAAGAUGAUGAUUAUUAUGAUGAAGAUGAUGAAGAUGAAGAUGAUGAUAAUGAAGAUGAUCAACAAGAUGAAAAUGAUCGUAUGGAUUUUAGUCAAGAUACAAAUAAUAUAUUUAACAGAAGUAUGGGUGACCAUGAUCAUUUGAUGAUGAUGUCCAAUAGUGAAAAUCUUAAUGACCCAUGGAGUGAUAAAAAUGAAUUUUUCAGAAAACAAAAAUCAAUCUUUUUAAAGAUUGAUUCCCAAUUAAUUGACACAAUCAUUGAUUGGAUUUAUCAUAUUAAAAUGAUCUUUCCAUUUCAACCUUUCCGUGAUGAACUUUUGAGAAUCGUAAAAGAAUUUAAACCUAAUUUCCUAUCAAAAUUUAAUCAAUUAAAUUAA